AUGGAAGCUUCAUUUCAUGUAAUUUGCGUUCUCCUCAUCUUCAUACUGCAGGGAGUGCAGGGUGAGGAUGUUGAUGUUCAUAACAAAGUGGAGAUUGAGAAGCAUCGGAAGAGAGGGUGUGAUGUGUUCCAGGGGAGGUGGGUGUACGAUUCCUCCUAUCCUCUUUACAAUUCGUUCAACUGCCCGUUCCUCGAGCAGGCAUUCGAUUGCCAAAAGAACGGCCGGCACGACCGGUCCUACCUCAAAUACAGAUGGUUUAGCGGGAGCAAUUUCUUGAAGAAUUUCAGAGGGAAGCGCAUCAUGUUUGUAGGGGACUCGCUCAGUCUGAAUCAAUGGCAAUCGUUUACGUGCAUGCUUCAUGCCUCCGUCCCGGAGGCAAAAUACGCCUUCUCCAGAACAGGGGGUAUCUCCACUUUCACGUUCCCGGCAUACAACGUCUCCAUCAUGCUGCACCGGAGCGCGUUCUUGGUGGACAUCCUGACGAGGAAACGUGGGCGAAUCUUAGAUCUAAACUCAAUCAACGGUGGGAACUUAUGGAAAGGGAUGGAUGUAUUAGUCUUCAACUCAUGGCACUGGUGGACCCACAGAGGAAGUCUACAAGCAUGGGAUUUGGUUCGAGACGAGAAGCGUACGUAUAAGGACAUGAACCGGUUCGUGGCUUUUGACAAGGGGUUGACCACAUGGGCCCAAUGGGUAGACCUCAAUAUAGAUCCCAAGACCACCAAAGUCUUCUUCCAAGGUGUAUCGCCAGUUCACUCCAAUUCGAGGGAUUGGGGGGACCCGAGAGCGAAGGAUUGUCGGGCGCAGACUCAGCCGAUGCUCGGGUCGAGCUAUCCGGUAGGCACGAACCCGGCGGAGGCCAUCGUGGAGAAGGUGUUGCGCGGGAUGUCGAAGCCAGUCCAGUUGCUCAACAUCACGACGCUCUCGGCAUUAAGGAAAGACGGGCAUGUGGGCGUUUUCGGAUAUGGAGGCCCCAAAGCCAUAGAUUGCAGCCACUGGUGUCUCCCGGGGGUCCCCGAUACUUGGAACUUGCUUCUGUAUGCAUUUCUCAUUCAAAAUUAAAUCAGUUGCUCGGUAGAUGAUCUUCACCUGUUUUUUGAGAACGAUCCUUAAAGGAGCAACAUAGUAUUUUGAUCGUUUCUUGCAA